GCGGACAUGUCUGUCGAGCCAUCAAGAAAGCGCCGUACAUAGCCACCACGUAGUGACCGCUCUUCUUCGUCUUUUCGUUCUUGCUCUUUAUGUCUUCUGCUCCCUACCUCAUUUAUACUUCUCGCUUUUCGUUUUUGUGGACUACCUCGGCCGUGAGCAGUCCGCCUAACAACUUCUCAUUUGCUGCGGUUGCUCAGCAGUGUGUGUGUGUGUCUGUGUGAUCGUGUGCGUGUGUGUGUGUGACUGCCUGUGGUGCCUGCACGCCCACGCCAUCACCACGUUGUUGCAUCCGAGGAUCGGGGAAUAACGAGUGCGACACGCGUCCCGUCGUAGCACCUUUUUUUUUUCUUCUCUGCUGCAUGGGUUUGCUUCCAGAGAGCAGACCUUAGCGACCUUUCCUGAUUCUCAAGAAGGAAACCUUCUUUAAAAAUGAUGUCGAGGGUACCCCGAUGCGUUCGCCUUCUCGCGUUAGCGCUGGUGUUUGUCGCGCUCCUUGUUGAUGCCGUGUGCGCGCUCACCGCCGCCACACACCAUACCUUCGAUGAAACGGACAAAUGGACUGCUGCCGACCUCAGCGGCCUCAACGCCGCCAGCUCCGACAGCGCGUGCGCCAAGUGCUUCAACGGCGGUGUGUGGGACGGUGAACACUGCACCUGUCCUCUCUACUACACCUCCGCCAACUGCUCGCAGCGUCAGUGUCCGAACUCCGUCGGGGGUAAAGGCGCGCAUCGCGUCCUCCCUGUAAACGAGGCCAACAAGUACUGCGAUCACUGCGAUCAGCAUGACUUUAGAGGGAUGAGCUGCCAGCUGUGUCAGAACAACGUGGCGUGUAGGCAGUACGCUGGUGCGAAGGCGGUGUGCGACAAUUCCCUGGCCAUCCGCGGCAACAACAAGCAGUUCCAGUGCACCUUACAAAACGACUUCUUCCUCCGACUUAUGGGUGGGAAGCGGAACAUCACGGCUGAAAUACUGCUGAACUGCUCGACGCCGGACGGCUCGGCCUUCAGCAAGAACAACACCGGCGUGUGCAACAUGGCCAUCUACCGCAUGGAACCGAACCACAGCUACAUCGACCCCUUCUUCCGCUGCGACGCGCGACAGUGCACACAACGCUUCGGCGAGGCCCCCACCGACCCGGACUCGAUGAACAACAACACACUGCGCCAGCGCUUCUUUCGAGCCGCCAAGACGUCGGGGCAGGUAGCCCUCGUCGUGGAGUGCGCCCUGCUCGCGCUGCUUGGUUGUUUCACUCACAUUCUCGGCCCACGUCGGACCAAGACCAUCACCAUCCGCAUGGCCUCUCUCAUCACCGUGACGGUGCUGGUGUACAUCGCGCUGAUGAUCCUCAGCAUGGUGUCCUUCUCCACCGCGUUGCAGACUUCCAUCUACGACUGCAAGAAGACGGAGUGCGCCUGCGCCGAGGACCCGCCGUCAGUCUACGAUCCCAUCUGCUCGCAGUCACGCGACGUGAAAGCAGUGUUGGCGGCCAUCCAGAACAGCAUCCGCCUCACCUGCGGCCAACACGCGUCGCAGUGCGAGCUGACGCUGUCCGAUUUGGAUAUCGUCUUUCAAGCAGACUGCCGGGCCUCGGAGUGCGUCGACCCCGAUCUCUUCCCCGACACACCGUCCGGCGGCGGCGAUGACGACGGCGGUGGUGGCGUGAGCGUUCUCGCACGGCAGAAUUUGGGCAUAUUGCUCUGCCUUCUGGUGCUACUCGUCGCCGGCGCGGUCGGCAUCCAUUACAAGUACACCCGCUCCAUCUCCCACGAGCGGGGAAAGGAGUUUCUCGUGACCUUUCACGUCAGCACGCCCUACGAUGAGGAGGGCAACACCACCACCACCACCACCACCGGUCGCUUCAAUGGCCGCUCGAUGGGCCGCACCGUGGUGGACGACAACAGCGUUUCGUUGCUGGGCGGCGGGCCGGCCGACACGAGAGCCAACGCUGCGGAUAGCGGUCGUACGAACGACGAUGAAGCGGAGGAGGGCACGGCGUUGCUGGGCGGCGGUGGGAGUGCGGACUCCACGCCGUCUGCGCCGCACGCGGAGCGCGUGGCGCUGCUGCCUCGUCGUGCCUCCUCUGCCACGCGGGGCAGCCGCCGCGCUGACAGCACCGUCUCCGUCCGCGCCAGCGUCUACGAGCAGGCCUCCGCGCUGACACCGGAGGAGUGCGCGCAGAUCGACCGCCUGCGCCGCCUCACCGCCGCCCCGCUGGAACUGCGGGUGUCGGAGCUGCGGUACACGCUGAACACCCCCCUCUUUGGCGCUGCGGAUGAGAUGGCGCGUCGGGAUAUUCUGCACCGCAUCAACUUCACGGUGCACUCCGGCGACGUUCUCGCCAUCAUGGGCCCGUCUGGCGCGGGCAAGACAACGCUGCUCGACCUGCUGUCCGCCCGAGCCAAGUCGGGCGUUGUGGGCGGCAGCAUCGCGCUUAACGGAACGGCGAUCCACACCACCGGCGCCCACGCAGCGCAGUACCGCAACAUCGUCGGCUACGUCUCCCAGGAGGACACCCUGCUGCCCUCGCUGACGGUGGAGCAGACGAUCUUCUACGCGGCAAAGCUGAAGCUGCCGACGGCGCUGUCGCCCAACACCGUGCGCCGCGUUGUGCGCCGAAUCAUCGAGACACUGAAGCUGCAGCACUGCGCGCAGACGCUGAUCGGCGGCGACACAACACGCGGCAUCAGCGGCGGCGAGAAGCGGCGCGUCUCCAUCGCGGUCGAGUUGCUGGCCAACCCGCGCAUUCUGUACCUGGACGAGCCGACGAGCGGCCUCGACACGGUCAGUGCGAAGCGCGUGAUUGAAGCCGUGGUCGAGCUCGCCAAGGACUCACCAAUGCGUGUCUACGCCCCGCACUACUUCGCCUUCCGGCCUAUCGUCAUCUUCAGCAUUCACCAGCCCUCGCAGGAGAUUUACGAGCUCUUCGACAAAGUCCUCCUGCUCUCGCGAGGCAUGAGCAUCUACUGCGGCUCCGCUGCCGCCGCCGCGGCCACCAUCGAGCAACGCGUCACUGCCGCCUUCGGCCACACCCGCGAUGUGCCGCGGAAGGAGUCACACAACAACCAGGCGGAGUACGUGAUGAAGGUGGAGGAGAUGCUCGACGAUGCCGUCCGCGCAGAGCUGCAGGAGGAGGACGCGUUGGAAAACGCAACCAACAAUGUCAACAAUGAGAACGGACUGCGUGGUGCACAAGGGGGCGUGUCGCCAAACGCCGCGACGACGGUUCCGCCCUGUCGCACGCCUGGCUCCGCAUCACCGCGCACCCCUUCCCGCUCAGCCAGCCGCACCGACCUCUACGCUGGUGACGUUGUGACGGGGGAGGACAUCCUCUCCACGACCUUCGGCUUCCGCAUGUACUACGCGAACACGUACCAGCAACUGCACCUGCUCAUCUCCCGCUCCCUCACGUGCCUCGUCGGGUCUUUCCAUUUGGUCAUGUGCCACUCGGCCGUGGUGGCGUGCCUAGCCACCCUCAUGUGCGUCCUGUACCACCAGCAGGCGCUGGACCUGCCCGGGUCGCUCAACCGCGCCGGUAGCGUUUCCUUCCUCUUGCUGGUCACGUCCUUCGUCUCGCUGAGCUGCCUAGAGCAGCUGAUACUCGAGCGGAAGCUCUUCAACGUGGAGCGGGAGAACGGCUUCUACACGACGUGGCCCUACUUGAUUUCGAAGAUCGUCGUCGACAUCAUUCCACUGCGCAUUGUCCCCGCCAUGGUGCUCGCCUCCGUCAUUUACUUCCCCAUGGGCUUCCGCGUGGAUGCUGGGAUCCACUUCUUCUACUUCAUCCUCAUCAUCGUGCUCUUCUCGAUCUGCAUUACGAUGAUGAUCCUAUGCAUCGGCAUCGUGAGCGGCUCCUUCGGCGCGGCCGCGCUGCUGAGCAGCGUCUUUAUUCUGUGGAACUUCGUCUUCGGCGGUGCCUUGGUGCAGUCCGAGACAAUCCCCACCUCGCUGCGGGCCUUCAAGUCCCUCUCGCCCUUCUUCUUAGCCUUCGAGCCACUGAUGGUGAAUGAGUUGAACGAGCAGCGCUGCGUCUUUUCGCCGACCGAUGAGACCGGCAAGCAGUCCUCGGCCAGCAUUGAGAUUAUGUGCCGACAGUACCUCGCCAAUGUAGGGCUGAAGCCGGAGCGGUUUAACGCGGACGUGAUGCAGCUGGCGGUGUACUGCUUGUUCUUCGUGGGUCUUGCGUGGGUGCUGCUCUCCACGUGCUCGAAGCUGGUGCGCUAA